GGUUGACAGUUUAACUUAGCAACUGAAAAUGUCGGCAGGUUAAUACAAAUGUUUUUAUGAAAAUCAUUAAAAAUGAGCCAGUUUACAUCAUCCCAGGCAUCAACUAUUCCCUACAUGCUAGAUUCAUCACAGAAUGACCCUGAAUUUAUUAAUGAACUAAAGGAAGUUGAUCAACUGUAUUUCCAGGAAAAUGUUUCUUCACAUUCCCCUCCCAUUGUUGAAAGGUCCCUUCAAGCCACUCUUAUUAAUACUAAAUAGUGAUGAGUGUGACAGCUUUGAUGGUGUAUUUGAUAACAAUGAAAUUGUUGGUGAUGAAUGUCCAACUAAUUCUUUUGUUGAAUGCAUGCCCACACAUGGAAGAAAUGAGGACAAUGAAGAGUUAGAAAUUAUCAAUAGAAUGCGCCAAGACUCUUGUCAAUGUAUGUCAAUUAAUCGCAAACCUUGUUCGAUGGUGGUAGACUUUGACAGUUUAGUUUCUUACAGAAAUUCAUGUUUAGAAAUGAGUAGAAGUGAGCGGGAAUUAGUGAUCAAGAGCAGCUUAUUUGCACACCGGGUUAAUACUUCACAGACCUUAACAAACAGAAAAAAGGAAAAACUACGUAAAAAGCCAUCACAAACAUAUUUCUUUAUGGGGCAGAAAAUUUGCAAGAAAACGUUUGUGUUUGCACAUGCCAUUUCAUGCAGUACAUUGCAAAAAAUUGCUAUUUCUCUUGAUAAAGAUGGUAUUUUGCCCAGGGUGCACGGAAACACUGAAAAACUUCCAGCAAAUGCCUUAUGCUUUGAAGAUAGGCAAAAUGUUAAAGAUUUUAUUCAUGAAUACGCUACUGAAAAUGCACUCCCUCUACCAGGACGCCUGCCCAACUGCCCAGAUCGCACAAUGCUGCUCUUGCCUUCUGAUAAAUCAAUUGCACAAGUGCAUGAUUUGUAUAACCAAAGUGCUGAACUGUCCCAUUACAGACAGAUUUCAUUAAAGACAUUUAGAUCACUUUGGAAUGACCUAUGUCCACAAAUUGCGCUGGCAAAGCCAAUGACUGACUUGUGUGACAUGUCAAACAUUUGGGUCUAAGUUAAGUCAAACAGGCCAAUUUACUGAUGAACAAAAAAAAGAAAUUGUCAUUAGUUAUAAGUCCCACUUGGAUCUGGCUCACAAGCAAAGAGAACAGUACAGAGAGAUGACAGCGAGUAGCAAGCAAUUUUUCUUAAAUGAAAACUUACAUGAAGGGGCCGAGCCUUGUAGCAGAGACAUCUGCUACCACUAUUCAUGGGACUUUGCACAGAAUGUGCAUUACCCCCAUCAUGCACAGCAAGUGGGCCCAAUAUACUUCUGCAGCCCCAGAAAAUGCCAUGUCUUUGGCAUGUGUGCAGAAGGGUCAGGAAAACAAGUGUUCUAUCUAAUCGAUGAAGCAGAUCUGCCAGAGAAGGGUGCUGAAAGUGUUGUCAGCUUGGCUCACCAUCAUUUCCAACACUUUGGUGUUGGAGAAAAGCAUGCAGAGAUCCACUUUGAUAAUGCAGUUGGACAAAACAAGAACCACACAGUGAUUUGGUAUGCCAUGUGGCGGACUCUGACAGGACUCCAGGAAACCAUGAGCCUGAACUGCAUGAUUACUGGACACACCAAGUUUGCCCCAGACUACCACUUUGGCAUCUGGAAGCUUAAGUGGAGGUCAUCCAAUGCAGAGACCAUGGAGGAGAUUGCUGGUAGUGUUACAGCUUCAUCAAAGUCAGGCCACAAUGUUCCACAGCUGGUCCAAGAUGACAACAAACCGGUUGUCUUCUUCGCUUGGAAAACUUACCUGGAACAGUUUUUCAAGCCAUUGAAAAACAUAACCAAGUACCACCAUUUUACUAUGGAUCGGUCGAAACCAGGUAUUGUUACCUGUAAGGAGAACAUGGAUUCGGAAGAAAUGUGUUUCAAUAUAUUGAAGCCUUUGAGUCCGGCAGCUGGAGAACUCCCACCCACCAAACCAGCCCCGGGCCUUGACCUGCGCAGACAGUGGUAUUUGUAUGACUCAAUUAGCCCAUUCUUCAGAGCAUACAAUGCCAGGGAUACUGUGUGUCCAAAACCAUCAAAGCCAAAAGUUAAAAACCAAGGAAUGGACAGUGACAGCCUACCUAGAAAAAGGAAGCACAGCCUUUAACCGUUAUCUUAACACCAUGGCAACUAAAGUGUUCCUUCAGCCUUGUAGUAAUACAUCAAGAUUUAUCAAUGUAUUUCAUCCAUUUAAUGUGAGGUUUUACACAUGUAUGUAUGACAGAGAUAAUAUUAAUUUAAAUAUCGGUAGUGUUACAGAUGAAACACAAACAUUGCUGUUAUGUUCAAUAUAAAACUUGCUAUGACAUAUUUUUGACAAAGUGCCAUUAGGUUUGUGGUCUCAUCUUUUUCUAAAUGUAAAUAUUGUUUUAAAUUUUCGUUUUAAAGAUGUGCAUACCAACCUAUUUGAAUGUGUGAUCAUACAUGUGUUUAUAAUGUUUGCCAUUUAUUUGUUGAAAAGAGAUAAUGCCACCUUUAUUCGAUUAUAUAAGGCGGAAAGAAUAACAAUUCAAGUAGUGUUUCCAUAGCAACAGGAAAAUUAUUAAGGUUAUUUAUUAAUAGGUCCAGUUUACAACAACAAAUAAAAAGUAUAUUUAUAUAUAUAUUAUACAGUUAUAGGCUUUCACUCCAUGGAAUCUUUAAAAAGACUCAUCUUAAUUUGUAUGUUAUGGUGAAAAAAACUUAAUAUUUAACACAUUAUAACAUACUUUAAAAUGUCCAAAUAAUGCAACCCGGUUCAGUAUUGUUACUCUAUGUAUCAAAAUUAAGGCUUUUAAAGCAGGUUCAAUGUAUUUCUCUCCUAACAUAUUUGUUUAAAUACUACAAAAUGUUUAAUUUUAUCAUUUCAACCAUUUAAGGUAUAUUUUUACCACGGUUGCCAUGGCAACCGUUUUAAGAGUUAAUUUGAGAUUGUUAUGGAAUCAUCUUAAAGGAAUAAUAUGUUCUGGGUUGCAGUAGAUUUAUUCCAUUACUUGUUUGUUGGUUUGAAGUUGUUAACAUUGAAUGUUUACAUUAACUUGUAAAUAAAUUAUUUAAAAGUAA